AGGCCAUGAUUUCAUUCAGGUGUAGAGAAACCGUGUGCAAGCAUCACCAAACGCUUCUGUGAAACAAACAGGAUACUUAGCUUCCUCUGGAUUACUAUCCUCCAAAUAGGAUCUAUCCAGCAAUCCAUCAUCCCACUGACAUAAAUCUGAAGAGGAGCAGGUCAGCGCGAUGGAGCAGGAAGGCCCGCAGGAGAACAGAUCAGAACAGGGAGAGGAGAUGACAGAGGAGAGCUUCCUCAAAGACCUCUACCUCUUUAUGAAACAGAGAGACACUCCGAUUGAGAGAAUACCUCAUCUAGGCUUCAAACAGAUCGAUGUGUUCCUAAUGUACAAGACAGUAAAGGAGCUUGGAGGCUAUCAACAGGUUACAGCGCAGCAGCUGUGGAAGAAAGUUUACAACAUACUUGGAGGAAACCCGCGCAGCACUAGUGCAGCCACUUGCACUCGCAGACACUAUGAAAAGCUGCUUCUUCCUUAUGAGUGUCACCAAAAUGGAUACAGGGAUGAUAUUGUCUUCAGGACCCCUCGAUCACAAAAACGCAUCCAUCCCAGCAAUUACAGUGACUUUGAGCACGAAUACUCCAGGAAUGGCAAGCGUGCAGAUUUCCAACACCUCCCGGCAUUCCCUCGGCCCUCUCUGAACAUGUUUACGGAGCAUCAGAGACAGAUUUUUAACAUGCCUUUGAACAUUGCUUCGUACUUCCCACACGGCAGUACAUCUCUACCCAAUUAUAUGGCUCUUCGAGAAUCUACACUUCCCCAUCUGAGCCUCAGCCCUUCUCAAGACCUUUCCCAACCACCUGCUUCGUAUUUAAGCACAUCAUCUGUGGAGGUUCCAGGCUGCAAAGAGUCUCUUGAUAGGCUACGCCACUUAGCUAAAGAGUUCAAGUCGUCGGCUGGUUGGGAGGAACCGCUCAACCUCAGCCAGAAAGAAAGCAGACUUGAGACUCUGAGUGACACACCAUCAUCUUUCAGCCCACCUUCAAAAAAGCCCAAGUUCCUCAACGAAGCCUCACCUCUUUACCCACCAAGGGGUGUGACAACCGAAGAAGAUGCAGAAAAGGAGGAAACAGCGGACAAAACUUCCUCAGGAGAAGGAGAUGCGGAGUCUGUCCAAGUAGGACCGAGCCCAAUGACAGCUGACAUCGUUGAUCUCACUAGCUCUUCCACCGCCAAUCCAGUCCCACGUAGAGCAAGUCCUCCUUCAGUGAAUCUCUUCAACCGGAGACCGAACUACUCAGAGCCAUUCGCUAUGAAGGCACGGGAGCGAGACCAGCACACGGACUGGUUGAAAGAAGAAUCUUCUGGUGCACCUACACCUAAGUUAGGGAUCCUAAACCGAAGCAAUCCCCUUGGACACCCACCCGUAGAUCCGAACGGCAAUAUGGAGAUUAAGAUUCCUCUAAAGCUUCUACAUGAGUUGAUUAGGAGAGGACUACUCUUCAACCCAGAAUUUGCGGCAAACAGCCCCGCACCGCAAGAGCCAACUAAAGCUGAAGCACCAGCUGAGCACAAGUUCCACAUGCGAUAUCACUCAGAAACGUCUGAGAGCUCCACCAAGGGUGAGGAGCCAACCAAUUUGAGUUUGAAAAGUCUUUUCAAAAACCUUUCUGAUUCUAACCCUCAAGAAAAUGGCAUGAGGAAGCAACGGCUCUUUGGUGUCAAUCGCAUCCCAGCAGAACCAAAGCUCCAGAUGAUCAAUUCUCUGGAAAGUGACGCACCAAGAUCUUCUCAACCUCUACAGGCACAAAUUCCUAUGACAAAGAACCAAGAAAGCACAAAUCCCAGACCACACAGUUGCAGUGAAGAUAGUCCACUCUCUUUGACCAUGAAGCCUGGAAGAAAGUCAGAGCAAAUGAUGGGAACAUCUAACCGUGUGGCAAAGGAAAUCUCGACUUCCCCACCUUUCAUGCAAGUGACACCAGACAACCUAAAACUAUUUAUGGCAAACCUACCCUUUAGAGUUGAAAGAGGGCAGACAUUUUGAGAAUUUGCACAUCUGACAAUUGACCACCUCAGUCAAUGUUGCAAUCUUUCCAAAUCAGCCUCUUGAGUUGCAUUACUGAAGGAUUUUUGAAAAGAACUGAAAAGAAAUUGUUAACGAUAUGCAACUGUAGCAUGAAAGCACUGUCCACUCCCAGUCAAGAUGUUAAAUUAGACAAGACAGAUGCUUUUCAAUGAUUCAUCUUUUGUAUAAAAAGAUUUAAAUGGUCAGAUUAGGAAAAACACUUUUUGUUUGCCUUUUCAUUUGUAAAUCCUAUUUAAUUGUGACACUUCAAAUAAGCAAUGAUACAUUUUUGUUAACUCAGUUUAUGAAGAAGCACUGAUAUUUUUUUUUUGCAACAAAGCAUAGACCUUUUUUAAAAGAUGUAUUUUUGUUCUUGCAGUUUAUUAGGAUAGGAAAGUAUUGUAGGCAAGAAGUUCAGUUUGUUUGUGUGUGUGUGUGUGGGGGGGGGGGUCUGCGAGCUGGGACUUGAACUCGGGAUGGCCAAAGCGCAGCAACACUAAACGUCAGCGCACUGCCCACAAGGCUAUUGUAAACAUGUAAAAUUGUUAUAUAAGGUUGAUAAUGUUUUUGUUAUAUUACUGUUAAAUACUGUUAUUGUUUUUUCAAUAAUUCAUUUUUUACAAUGUGUUUUUUUUUUAUUUCCUAGAAGUAAACUCACAGUGACUUUAAAACAAGUACAUUAAGGAUUAUGAUUCUUUCCAACUCUAUGACAAAUAUACCAAUAUAUAUAUAAUUUACAGUAUGUAUUAUAUUUUGCAUUCUUUUGUACCGAAUAUGAAGUCUUGACAAACAGUACCUCUGAAUUUCUAAAACUAUAUUAGGUAUCACAUGCACAUUUUAUUGUUUUACUGGUUGCACAAGAACCUACUGGAAUAUCCCGCAAAGAUGUACCCCCGAUACUUCAAUACAAGACUACAAUUAAAUAUG